AUGUCCAGCACGAUGCACCCGUUCGAUGCCUUCAAUGCCCCCCAGCCAUACCAACAGCAUCAUCCACCCCGGUGGAGCAUACACAACCCUCACUUCUCACAGACAAACGGACACUCCAUCCAACGGACUCCUUCCAUGAUAAAACCACAUUCCUCCGAGGGCACAUUCCCAGCCACGAAUGGAGCAGAUACCCACCAACGCAAGAACAUGGAAGAAGAGAUCAUCUGCGCUCCCCUCCACUACAUCACAGGCCUACCAGGUAAAGACAUCCGCGGAAAGCUCAUCUCAGCGUUUAACGAGUGGUUCCGAAUCCCCGACGAGCAGCUAGAGAUCAUAAAGCGGGUGGUCGGGCUACUACACGUAGCCUCAUUACUAAUCGACGACAUCGAAGACUCCUCCAAACUCCGCCGUGGCUUCCCCGUCGCACACAGCAUCUUCGGCAUCCCCCAGACAAUAAAUUCCGCCAACUACGCCUACUUCCAAGCGCAGAGCGAGGUGCUGAAACUGCGGAACUGCAGCGCCGCUUUUACUAUCUUCACCGAGGAGCUCCUCCGGCUGCAUAGAGGGCAGGGAAUGGAUCUCUACUGGAGAGAUUCCCUCACCUGUCCUACCGAGGAGGAGUACCUUGACAUGGUGGCGAAUAAGACGGGUGGUUUAUUCAGGCUUGCCAUUAAGCUUAUACAGCUGGAGAGCGAUGUUGAGGACGACUGUGUCCCGCUAGUCGAUCUGCUAGGAAUAAUCUUCCAGAUCCGGGACGACUACCAGAAUCUCCAGAACGAGCAGUAUGCGAAGAACAAGGGUUUUGCGGAGGAUAUCACCGAGGGCAAGUUCUCGUAUCCGAUUGUUCAUAGUAUCAGGAGCAGCGCGGCAAGUGGCAGCAGCGGCAGCUCUGAACUUAUGAACAUCCUGCGUCAGAAAACGGACGAUGAGGCUGUUAAAAGAUAUACGAUUUGCAUUCUGGAGAAGACGGGUAGUUUUGAGUAUACGAGGCGAAAGUUGAUGGAGUUGAUGGCUGCGGCGAGGGCUGUGCUUGCUGGGUUUGGAUCAGCUGAGGCAGCUGGAUUGGAGGGUAUAUUGGACUUUCUGGAGCUCAAGGAGUAG